AUGAACUUGGGAAUUCUACCAUUCACCCGUGGCGGCAAGCUACCAUACUGGUUAUUGUUCAUCUCCAUUGUGUCCAUUUUCAACUCAUUUCAAACCUAUCAAAAGGACUUGGCUUUGACCAAAAAAGUUUACAAUGCAAAACCACAACAAGUUACAAACUUGUCAGCAAGAACGUUUGGAACUUGGACCUUGAUUACAUCUAUAGUAAGAUUAUAUGGAGCAUACCACAUUACCAAUCCACAAGUGUACCAAUUGACUCAAUUCACAUUUGGUGUUGCUGCAUUCCAUUUCGUGAGUGAGUGGUUGAUUUUCAAAACCACACUGUUGGGUAAGGGCUUGGCUGGACCUUUAGUCGUGAGCAGUUUGAGUUUAGCUUGGAUGUGGUUGUACAAGGACUUCUAUGUGUUUUAA